UCUUAUAUGACUAACAAUUAACUCUACACAUCAAAGUAUAAUUCAUUCCUAAUGUAAUCUAUAUCUCAAUUAUCGAGAAGAUCUUAUGAAACUGGUCCUAAUGUCUACAUCCGGCUAUCGAGAGAAGAUCUUAUAAACAAUUGAAGGCAAAAGGAUUUUGGUUUAGGUCACCAGUCACUUUAAUGAUGACCAAAAUUUCUGAACUCAUUGGCGUAGCCGAUACUGUAAGAACUACCAAACCAAGAUUUCUUGCACGUAAACAUUCUCAGUCCAAGCCAACUUGGCAAAAUCAAUGCCAAAUUAAGCAUGGGGAAGCCCCCAUAAAAGAACCCUCCAUACCAGCUCAAAAAAUGAAAAAAUAAAAUAAAAUAUAAUAUCAAACACUUUCUCAUCUUUCCCUUUUCCAUCUUUACCUCCUGUUCUCCUUGACUCUUAUCAUUGCAUAGUGUGGAAGACCUCCCCACUUUCAGCACUCAUGAAGCAUACUACUCUUGCAAAGCUAAACAACACUCAAACUAUUAUGUUCUGCUUCUGAAUUUCCAGUUGGCCUUGGCCCAAAACUUUUUAGACUCUUUCUUCUUUUCUCUUUUUCUUUCUUUUUUUCCAAUUUCCUUUAUUCCGCUACCUCUUCACAGAAAUAUCAACUACCAAGAAGAGCCAAUCUGUAUUCCCACACUCUCCUCAAUCCCAACACGCAUUUUAACACAAGAAAGAACACACUGCUGACACGCGAGAAAAUAGAAGGUUUGUCAGCAAUUAAGAUGUUGGAUCCUGCAAAUGAGCUGCUGCCUCCUCCAUCAUCUCCCACCAUUUCUUCCGUUUCUUCUUCCGAUCUUGACACCGAGUCUACAGGUUCAUUUUUCCAUGACCGGAGUACGACAUUAGGGACGUUGAUGGGCGUCACUUUUCCAGCUAUUACAUUCAGAGCUCCUUCCCGGUCCCACUCUCAGCACCGGCAACUUCAGACGGCGACGACAAACGGCCCCGUUAACGUCUGCCGGAGAAACAAGAAGGCGAAGAAGAACAGGGCGGUUGCAAUGGCGGCCGAGGAGGAUGAGAGGCGGCGGUGGAGAAGACGAAGGUGGUGGAGGUUUUGCAGGGAUGAGUGUGAUUGUCAGCCAUCUUCGUUAGGGGAGUAUUUGGAGGUGGAAAGGAGGUUCGGGGACGGCGCAUUUUUUGGUGGUGCUGCGACGGAGCUUGAAGGAGUUGGAGGAAUCCAUAUGCAGCCCACAGACGGGAGGGUUUUGUUUGCUAAUGGGAGGGUUCUGCCACCUGCCCAGGUGGAUGAAGCGGAGUCGGCCGCCGGAGGCUUAUGUAGAUUCUCGGUGGUGUCUCUCGGUGGCAUCUGCAGUGGUGGUGGCGGAGGUGUUGGAUAGAAUACCUUUUCUCUAAUUGCCUUUUCCUUUGUUCAUUUUCUCAUUUCUGGUGCUAACUUUUUAAUUAUUCACUUUAUGGUAAAUUUUAUAGCAAUAAGCUGUAGAAUAUUGGAUAAGCACCUCGUGGAAUCAAUAAUUGUAUUGUUGUGGAUAAAAGCUUGAUUCCCUA